AAGAAAGAGAGUAGAGAUUGAAGAAAUCCUCGCCUUCCACCUGCAAGAAUCAAAUUAAAACACUCAAUUCAAGAACAUAUCAUCGAUCGGAUUCAACGAAACAUAUAUGUAUAUUUAUAUAUCUUCUCCCAAAUAUGUAUAUAUCGAUCUAACACGUGUAUGUUAGAGAAGUUGAAGGUGUAUCAGAAAACCUUGUUUCAAUUCUCAGAAUCUGCAUCAUCAAGCUAAGCCCAGCUGCAACAAGCUAAGUGAUGAUGUGAUCAUCAUCAACGCCAGCUUCGAGCUACAGUACUAGGUUUCUGAAUUUAUUCUAGAUUUAAUUGUGCGGUUCAGAAAGUGUGUGUGUGUGUGUGUAUAUAUAUAUAUACCUGUUCGAUCGAUCAAGAUCCGCGGCUAAGACGGGCGAGGAAGGAGAGAUGAUAAGAAUUCGCGAGUUUGAACUUCCGGAGGCAUCUGUCGCCGGAGAAGCACCGGCGACGUAUGACUCCGCCGGAGGAAUGCUGUCAGAAAUGUUAAAGUUCCCCGGCGGCGGCAACAAUUCAUCGCUGGAAUCCAGCUUUGUUGAUCAAGGGUUACACCAGUACACGUGGAUUCCGGCGCCCGAUUCGAGCAGAAUCGGGACGGUAAUGGAGGUGCAAGGCCUCUCUUUAUCCCUAUCAUCUUCGUGGAGGGGAUUGGAAGGAAUGGAAGCUGCAAAGCUAGAAGAAUUGAGUUCCAGAAAUGGCGGAAUUGGAAUUUACUCAAACAACAACGCUACUGGUGCAGAUCAGCUACUGUUACAUUCCGGAGUUGAUGUCGCCGGAUACGGCGACGCGGCGGCGGCGGAGUCAAUCAGAACGGUCAACGUCCUCCGCAAUUCGCGCUACUUGAAGGCCGCUCAGGAAUUGCUGGAAGAAUUCUGCUUCGUGGGGAGAGGGAAAUUGAAGAAUCUUAGGGCCAAGAAGAACAUCAUGAACAAUGAUGAGAGUGGAAACCCUAAUUCCGACAAGGACCCUCCGCCGCCGUCGCCGCCGUCAUCAUCGCCGGCCGUGAGGUCUGAACAUCAGAGAAGGAAAAUCAAGCUGUUAUCUAUGCUUGAUGAGGUAGAUGCGAGAUAUGUGAGAUACAAUGAACAGAUGCAAACAAUGGUGAAUUCAUUUGAGUUGGUGGUGGGAUACGGCGCGGCGGCGCCGUACACGGGGCUAGCGCAGGAGGCGAUGUCAAGACAUUUCCGACGAAUAAAGGAGGGAAUAGUGGGUCAACUGAGGGAGACGUGUAAGGUUCUCGGGGAGAAAGACGCCGGCGAGAGGCGUGGGUUGACCAGAGGCGAGACGCCUAGGCUGAGAUUCAUCGACCAGAAGCUCCGCCACCAAAAAGCUCUCCACGAGAUGGCAAUGGGGAUGUUAGAUUCUGAGGUCUGGAGACCCCAGAGAGGCUUGCCUGAACCUUCUGUCAACACCUUGCGGGCUUGGCUCUUCGACCACUUCCUUAACCCGUACCCUAGUGAAGCAGACAAGCAACUGUUGUCACGGCAGACAGGUUUAUCAAAAAACCAGGUGUCCAACUGGUUCAUUAAUGCUAGGGUUCGGUUGUGGAAGCCAAUGGUGGAAGAAAUGUACCAGAAAGAGGCCAAGGAAGAAGAAGAAGAAGGAGGAGGACAAGGACAAGCAGUUGACGACAACGCCAAAGAUUCUCAAUUGAUUGCCGAGGAGAAAGACCCCUCACACAACAUUAUUGAUUCUUCCGAAAAUCAACCCAUGACGCUACACUCCUCCAUUAUCUUACCCAAUCAUGCUGACAACUCACUGCCACUCACUGGGUUUUCAAUGAAAGCUCCGGACAGCUGGAGCGGCGGCGCCGGCGCCGGCAAUGGUGGGUUUGGGGCGGCGGCUCAGGUCACAAGGGACGUGUCUCUGACUUUGGGACUUCAACGCAUUGAAAAUUUAUCAAGGAAUAACUUGAUUCCAAUUAAAGACUUUAGGGCUUAUAAUUAGAAAUUGAUGAUGAUGGUGAUAAUGAUCGCAAGGUAAUAAACAGAUGAAACAUGAAUUGAUGUGGUAGAAUAAAUUACCAUUACCCAACCUGCAUUCAUAUGGUAAUUAUAUUAGCAUGUGUUCGAAUUGGGCAGCAUACCCAUUCAAAGUAAAUAUAUAUGAUGAUGAUAAGUGUAUGAUAUCCCUAGCUACUUUGUUUUCCAUUUUAA